AUUGCGAGAUGAAGAAAUUUAAGAUAGAAGAAGUAUACGACUCUAGAGUUCCCAUUUUCCCCACGUCACUCUUCUCCAUUUCUAUUUUGAUAAUGCUAGCUCUCGCCGCUUCUCCUCCGGUCAUCUCCGCCGCUUCUCUCUCUAAACCUCUCCAUUCUCUCUCUAAAGCCGCACUUCCUCUAUCUAGAGCCAAACCCAUUUGCCCUUUCCCGAAAACAUCUCGACCCAUCUCCGUCUAUAAACCACCUAUGAACAACCUCUUCAACAGACUCGGAUUCGGGUCUCGUCCCCAACCCGACCCGUCUUCCGCCGCAAUCGCCCAAGGACCCGACGACGAUGUCCCGUCGCCAGGUCAGCAAUUCGCGCAAUUCGGCGCCGGUUGCUUCUGGGGAGUGGAGUUAGCUUACCAGAGGGUUCCUGGAGUGACCAGGACCGAGGUUGGGUAUAGCCAUGGGCUCGUCCAUAAUCCGAGCUACGAGGAUGUCUGUACGGGCACGACAGGGCAUAACGAGGUUGUUAGGGUUCAGUACGAUCCGAAAGAGUGCAGCUUUGAGAACUUGCUCGAUGUCUUUUGGAAGCGCCAUGAUCCGACCACCUUGAAUCGCCAGGGGAAUGAUGUGGGAACACAGUAUCGAUCAGGUAUAUACUACUACACAGACGAGCAAGAGAAGUUAGCUCGUGAAGCUGUGGAGAAACAGGAGAAGAUCUUGAACAAGAAGAUUGUGACAGAGAUACUUCCCGCCAAGAAAUUCUACAGAGCAGAAAAUUACCACCAGCAGUACCUGGCAAAAGGUGGUCGCAUGGGUCUCAGACAAUCAGCUGAGAAAGGUUGCAACGAUCCAAUCCGAUGCUAUGGCUAAGAGAUUAGUCACCCUCUCGAGCACAUGAAAAAGUGAGUUAUCUCAUGAAAAUAUAAUAAUCUGUAGAUCACAUUCGUCUCUUGUCUUAGUCAUGUGGUGUACAAUAUUUAGUUUCGUGGAUUUCAAUCUAUAAUAUUCAGUUUUACAAAAAAUCAUUGUCGUUCUCGUAUGUAAUGGUGGUUUCCAACUAGUAUAUAAAUAACAUUUUAUAUCA